GAGGGGGAGCUCGCCCCAAAUCCAUCGGGGGGGUCUCCCGGAGGGUUUUUUUGCGGGGCAGGGGAUGUUUGGGACGUGGCACGGCGGCAAAUGCCACGGUGUCCUUGUCCUUCCUCCCGCAGAGCAGGAGCUGAGCAUGGAGAGCAGGGAGGACAAAUCCCCGCGGCAGAACCGGGUGGCAGAGGCCGUUCUGAGCGGCUGCACGGCGCAGGAAGGCAGCGGGGAGGAAAAGCCCCGGAGAUCCCUCAGCAGGACGGGCUGCAAACGCAGAGCGCGGGGAUGCGAGGGGGAAAGAGCCAGGCUGGGCCGGGGAGGCGGCCGGAGCUCGGAGCUGGGGGUCCCUGAGCAGCUCCAGGAUGGGGAGAAGCCCUACGAGUGCUUGGAAAGUGGGAAGAGCUUCAUCCUGAGUUCCCACCUGACUGUCCACCAGAGGAGCCACACCGGGGAGAAGCCCUACGAGUGUGUGCUGUGUGCGAAGAGCUUCAGCAAAAGGUCCUACCUGAUCAUCCACAUGCGCAUCCACAGCGGGGAGAGGCCCUACGAGUGUGGUCAGUGCAGGAAGAGGUUUCAGAGCAGCUCGGAUCUCCUGAAGCACCGGCGCGUUCACACCGACGAGAGGCCCUUCCUCUGCCCCGACUGCGGGAAGGGCUUCAAGCACAACUCCAGCCUCGUCACCCACCGGAGAAUCCACACCGGGGAGAAACCCUACGAGUGUGGGCUCUGUGGGAAGAGCUUUGGGAGUUAUUCCAGCCUGACCAUCCACCAGAGGAUCCACACGGGAGAACGGCCCUACGCGUGUGAGCAGUGCGGGAAGAGGUUCAGCCAGAGCUCCCACCUGACUGUCCACAAGAGGACCCACAUGGGGCAAAGGCAGGGAUCCAAGGGGGAAAAACCAACCCUGGGCAGCGAAGGCGGCCGGAGCUCGGAGUUGGGGGUCCACGAGCAGCUCCAGGAUGGGGAGAAGCCCCACAAGUGCUCGGAGUGUGGGAAGAGCUUCGGCAAGAGAUCCUACCUGCUCCGCCACUGGAUUACCCACACCAAGCAACGGCCCUACGAGUGUGGGCAGUGCGGGAAGAGCUUCACCGAGCGCAACACCCUGAUCAAACACCGGAUGACCCACAGCGGGGAGAGGCCCUACGAGUGUGGGCAGUGUGGCAAGAGGUUCACCCAGCGCGCCCACCUGAUCGUCCACCAGAGGAGGCACACCGGGGAGAGGCCGUACGAGUGCGACAAAUGCAAGAAGAGGUUUCAGACCAGCUCCACUCUCGUCGUGCACCAGCGCAUUCACACAGACGAGAAGCCCUUCCGCUGCCCCGACUGCGGGAAGGGAUUCAGGGAAAACUCCACCCUCGUCAAGCACCGGCGCGUCCACACCGGGGAGAGGCCCUACGAGUGUCCCCAGUGUGGGAAGACUUUCAGAGAGAGCUCCCACCUGAUGGUUCACCAGAGGGGCCACACUGGGGAGAGACCUUAUAAGUGUGAGGAGUGCGGGAAAACCUUCACCCAGAGCUGCAGCCUGGUUGUCCACCAGAGGAACCACACGGGAGAACGGCCCUACGAGUGUGGGGAGUGCGGGAAGAGCUUCACCCAGAGCUCAGGGCUGAUUGCCCACCAGAUGACCCACACCGGGGAGAAGCCCUACGAGUGUGUGCUGUGUGGGAAGAGCUUCAGUACGAGCUCCUACCUGGUCAAACACCAGAUGAUCCACACCGGGGAGAAGCCCUACGAGUGUGAUCAGUGCAGGAAAAGGUUUCAGAGCAGCUCUGAUCUCCUGAAGCACCAGCGCAUUCACACCGACGAGAGGCCCUUCCUCUGCCCUGACUGCGGGAAGGGCUUCAAGCACAAUUCCGACCUCGUCAGGCACCGGCGCAUCCACAGCGGGGAGAAACCCUUCAAGUGUGAGCAGUGUGGGAAGAGAUUCUCCAGGAGAUCUGCCUUGACCAAACACGAAAUCAGCCAGCACUAUUUGCAUAACCACGCCCGCCGGGGCUGGCCCCGCCCCCGCCGGCCGCAGCCGCGUCCGGGCGCCGCUCGCUCCCAGUUCCCUCCCAGCGCUCCCAGUAAGAGCGGCCCCGGCAGGGAGAGCGCUCCCAGUGUCCGCCCGCUGCUGCCAGCAUCGCUGCCGCUGCUCUCCGGAUCGCUGCCGGCGCUCCCGGCAUCGCUGCCGGUGCCGCGCGGGCCGGGGCCGCUUGGGAACCCGCCCGGGGCAGAGCGCGGCUGCUUUUGGGGGUCGGCACCGCCCGGGCCGGGCUGGGAGGGGGGGAGCAGCGGCAGCGAGAGGGGGGACACGGGAGGGGGAGGAGAGAGGGAGGAAGAGGAGGGACAAAGGAAGAGGAGGAGGAGCAGGAGGAAGAGGAAGAGGAGGGACAAGGCACGAGGAGGAGCGGGAGGAGGAGCAGCUCCCACGCGGUUCCCCCGCUGCGGCCGCAGCUCGCCCGGAUCCGCCGGCAUCGCCCCCCGGAACCCGCAGGAGCUGAGCAUGGAGAGCAGGGAGGACAAAUCCCCGCGGCAGAACCGGGUGGCAGAGGCCGUUCUGAGCGGCUGCACGGCGCAGGAAGGCAGCGGGGAGGAAAAACCCCGGAGAUCCCUCAGCAGGACGGGCUGCAAACGCAGAGCGCGGGGAUGCGAGGGGGAAAGAGCCAGGCUGGGCCGGGGAGGCGGCCGGAGCUCGGAGCUGGGGGUCCCUGAGCAGCUCCAGGAUGGGGAGAAGCCCCACGAGUGCUCGGAGUGUGGGAAGAGCUUUAGAUGGAGAUCCUCCCUGAUCCGCCACUGCAGAAUCCACACCGGGGAACGUCCCUACGAGUGUGGGGAGUGUGGAAAGAGCUUCAACACAAGCUCCUACCUGAUUGUCCACCAGCGCAUCCACAGCGGGGAGAGGCCCUACGAGUGUGGGCUGUGCGGGAAGAGCUUCAUGCUGAGCUCUCACCUGAUCGUCCACCAGAGGAAUCACACGGGAGAGAGGCCCUACGAGUGCGACAAAUGCAAGAAGAGGUUUCAGACCAGCUCCACUCUCCUGAGUCACCAGCGCAUUCACACAGAGGAAAGGCCCUUCCGCUGCCCCGACUGCGGGAAGGGAUUCAGGGAGAAAUCCACCCUGGUCACCCACCAGCGCAUCCACACCGGGGAGAGGCCCUACGAGUGUGGGCUCUGUGGGAAGAGCUUCAACACGAGCUCCUACCUGAUGGUCCACCAGAGGAUGCACAGCGGGGAACGGCCCUACGAGUGUGGGCAGUGUGGGAAAAGCUUCACCCGGAGCUCGCAGCUGAUUGUGCACUACCGGAGCCACACCGGGGAACGGCCCUACGAGUGCCCCCAGUGCGGGAAGGGCUUCACCUGUAGCUCCAACCUGAUUGUCCACCAGAGGAGCCACACAGGGGAGAGGCCCUACGAGUGCGAUGAAUGCAAGGAGAGGUUCCAGAGCGUCGGUGAUCUCGUCGUGCACCAGCGCUCGCACGCAGAGGAGAAACCCUUCCGCUGCCCUGACUGCGGGCAGGGCUUUGAGCACAACUCCACCCUCAACGAGCAUCAGUGCACCCACACGAGUCCCUGUGAGUGUGGGGAAUGUGGGAAGAGCUUCAGCGAGAGCUCCAGCCUGGUUGUCCACCAGAGGAACCACGUUGGCGAGAGACCCUACGAGUGUGACCAGUGCAAGAAGAGGUUUUACACCAGCUCCACUCUGCUCAGUCACCAGCGCACUCACAGCGAGGAGAGGCCCUUCCUCUGCCCCGAGUGCGGGCAGGGCUUUAAGCACAACUCAGCCCUCGUCAUCCACCAGCGCAUCCACACCGGGGAGAGGCCCUACGAGUGUGAUCAGUGCUGGAAGAGUUUCCACUCCACGUCCGAUCUCCUCCUGCACCAGCGCAUUCACACCGACGAGCGGCCCUUCCGCUGCCCCGACUGCGGGAUGGGCUUCAAGCACAACUCCAGCCUCGUCAAGCACCGGCGCACCCACACCGGGGAGAAACCCUACGAGUGUUGGCAGUGUGGGAAGAGCUUCAGUACGAGCUUCAGCCUGAUCGUCCACCACAGGAUCCACACGGGAGAACGGCCCUACGAGUGCGGGCAGUGCGGGAAGAGCUUCAGCCAGAGCUCAGGGCUGGUCGCUCACCAGAGGAUCCACACGGGAGAACGGCCCUACGAGUGUCCCCAGUGUGGGAAGAGCUUCACGCAGAGCUGUAACUUGACCAAACACCAGUGCAGCCGGCACUGUGGGCCGCCCAGAGAAGAGGAAGAGCUCCGUGCGCUGCUCCCGCUGCCUCCCCUGUGGGAGGAUCCGCGCUGGAUGAUCCCCGCGGAGCCCCGGUGGGCAGAGCCCCGGUGAUCCCGGUUGGGAAGACACCUGCCUGGCGGCUCGGCAUCUUCCUGCCUCCCCGUGUCCCGUAUUUCCUUUUAAUUUCUCUCUGUCCUUUCCAAACGCGGGGUUAAAAAUAAAGAUGUUUAAUUAAAA